CCACACUAGCAAAAUCCAACGAUUCAACCACCCAGAACAGCUAUACAGUCAGAAUAAUUACAUUCUCCCACUCAAACAAUUCCAAAUUCUCACAAAAGGAAUAUCUAAAGAGAAGGGAGAAAGAAGCAAUGGCGACCGGCACCACAGGAACCCUCCCCGCACCCACCAUCGACCUCCUCCUCAACCUCAUCGACACCCGGCCCAACUCCAUCCUGGCCUCGCUAUCCCAGCACCCACAACUCGCCUCCGCCUCCGACGCGCACGGCUACUCCCUCGUCCACGCGGCUGUGUCCUACAACCAGCUCCCCGUCCUGCGCGAACUCGUCCAAAAAUAUAACGUCGACGUCGACAAGCUAGACGAAGAUGGCGAGACCCCGCUGUUCGCCGCAGAGCUAGCCAGCGUGGCGCGCACGCUCGUCGAGGAGUUCGGCGCAGACUGGAGGGUUAGGAACAUCGAGGGCAAGACUGCGGAGGAGAAGAUCGCAGAAGAGGAGGGCGAGGCACAUGAGGUGUAUCUAUAUCUGAGGUCUCUGCGGGACGGUGGCCAGUCUGCGAAUGGCGGUGGUGCUGAGGGUGCGGCCAACCUGGCGCAGUUAGAGACCGCGGGCGUUCAUCCUCCGCCUCCGCUGCCAGAUGGUGUCAAGAUUAACGUGGGUACCAUGGAGGAAGAUGCCGUGGGCGACGCUCCCGAUCCAGAGCUCAGGCGGCGCAUAGAGGAGUUGGCGGCUCGCGAGGACUUUCAGACGGAAGAGGUGCAGCAGCAAUUGAGGGAGCUUGUCACAGAAGUGGUCUCGGGGAUAGGUUCCGAACAGUCUGAGCGCAGUGUGAGAAGGAGAGUGGAUUAGAAAAGAAUGAAGGCAUGAAAUUGGCGUCCUCCGCUGCGAUGGAGGGGCGGAUGAAAUGUUUCGCACGAGCGCGGGGCAACAGAAACGAAGAAAAGAAAAUUAUGAGAACUUUAUACCCUGGAUGGUCAUUUAGAUGGAUGCAGUGUAGGAAUAGAGACGAUUCCAUAUCGAAAUAUGCACGUUGGAUAUAUCAAAAGUAGUUUUACAAUAGAGAUCAAAAAUCUCCCAUGGCAUGGUAUUUACAUGCACACUUCAAAUUUCGCUAUAUGCAAUAA